AUGUGUCUCUCCAACGGGUUGGGCAUGGCGAAGCUGGUACGAGGUCUCAAGCUGUCCUCGGGAGAGACGGCAAACGCAAUGCAAGUCGGUUCACAUCUGACAGGGGCUCAGGAUCCUAGCUUAGCCGUGAAACCCUACGCGACUGAAGCAGAGUUGGGGCUUAAUUUAGCUCGUGAAUACCUUCGGUUCCAUGCGAUUUUGAAAGGUUCGCCCCCUUGUGAUAUUUCCGAAGCCAGAACCAGGAGAAUGCAGGAGAUUCUCGCACUCACUGAAGACAAUGGGUGGAUCGACGUCAAGAAGCUCGAUCGAGCCGUUGAGUUCUGGAUCUGGUGUGGGCUGAAGCGGGAACGAUGGGCCCUCAUUCCGAAUCAAGACCUCUGGGAAGAGUUCUCAAAAGAAGUCUGGCUGUAUAAAGACUCCCAUAAUGCAAGAACGCCGGAGUUGUCUGAUCUAUCCAUGUGGACCCCCCCAGACUUUUAG